AGAAGGGGGAACGUGGAAGUCUCUUGUUUUCCCAGGGUUUCCACCUUCCUCCAAGCCUCAAACUGGGCUGGCUGAGUAUUUUACCAACUGCAGCUUCAGGUCUCUUGAUUCCACGGACUCCAUGAAGUGAUGGAGCCUAACGGAUCAGUUGUUGUGGAGGGGGCGAAGGAGAAUGGUGCUGACAGCGAUGGCAGUCUGGAGCCUGAGGAACACGGCCCUAGUGCAGUAGAUGUCAAUCCACUUCCUGUUCUGUUGUCUGCUGCUGAAUGUGAUGCUUGUGCCCGCUGUCUUCAGUAUCACCUCAAAAGAGAUGCUCCUAUUGGAGCUCACUGCCUCCGGAUCGGUCCCAGCACAAAAUCAGAUCAGAAUCUUUUAUGCUCCUGUUAUGGUCAUCCUCCUGCGGAUGGCAAGCUGCAGCCCUGCCCAUCACCUUCCAAGCAAGUCAUUGAUGAUGCUCUGGUAACAAAAGUUAGAGAGAAUGAAUAUCCAAAGGAAAUCAUCCUGCUUGAUCAAAAGGAUGCAGAAUGGAGUUUUUAUCCAAGACAUGGGCAUCUUCAUACCUAUCAUAAGGGGAAAAAGUGUUAUUUCAAUGGUGUCUUUCGUGCUUAUCAGAGAUGUUCAACAGAGAUAACACUGGACAAAUGCUUUGGGAGAAAAAAAUACGACAUUGAUCUCAGGAAUGGACUCCCAGAACUGAUUCCAGGGGACAAGACAUAUUUACAUCCUGAGCAAUGUCCAGACUUUUAUAAACAUGGAGCCACUGUACCACCCGUGAAUUUUUCAAGAGUCCCAUAUGUAAAGGAAGUAGAUACAUUUAUUCCUCUGGAACCUCUGUCAAAACAAUAUCACUUGCCUUUUUCUGAAAAGGACAAGAAAAAGCAACAAAUGAAUGAAAUAAUGGAAGUGAAAGAACUUGAUGAUUGGAAGCCAGCAGUUCCUCUAAUGGUUUGGUUGUUCCCUGCUGUGCCACUGACAAAACCUUUAAAAGUGGUAACAAUUUGAGAAGCAUUGGACCCCGUAAGGAUAAAGCUUGUUGGGUGGUUAUGUAAAUAAAAUGGCAGACUAUACUCUUGUUGCUUGCUUGUUAUGGCCAGGUUGUCUUUUUUU